GCGGAGCGCGGCCGCGACGGGGCGGGCGGUCUCGCGGGCGCUCAGAACUGGCCUCGGGUCCUCAGCGCCCGGCGCUCCAAACCCCAUCUUGACCCCAACCCGGCCUGGGACCCAGACUCCGACCCGGCCAGGCCCGGCCCCCGCCCCCGCCCCCCGGGCCGAUGGACUACUCCUACCUCAAUUCGUACGACUCGUGCGUGGCGGCCAUGGAGGCGUCCGCCUACGGCGACUUCGGCGCCUGCAGCCAGCCCGGCGGCUUCCAGUACAGUCCCCUGCGACCCGCCUUCCCCGCGGCCGGGCCUCCCUGCCCCGCGCUCGGCUCCUCCAACUGCGCGCUUGGCGCUCUACGGGACCAUCAGCCUGCGCCUUACUCGGCAGUGCCCUACAAGUUCUUCCCGGAACCGUCGGGCCUGCACGAGAAGCGCAAGCAGCGGCGCAUCCGCACCACGUUCACCAGCGCUCAGCUGAAGGAGCUGGAACGCGUCUUCGCCGAGACUCACUACCCCGACAUUUACACGCGCGAGGAGCUGGCCCUCAAGAUCGACCUCACGGAGGCUCGGGUGCAGGUCUGGUUCCAGAACCGCCGGGCCAAGUUCCGCAAACAGGAGCGUGCGGCCAGCGCCAAGGGUGCGGCAGGCGCGGCGGGGGCCAAAAAGGGUGAGGCGCGCUGCUCGUCCGAGGACGACGACUCCAAGGAGUCCACGUGCAGCCCCACGCCCGACAGCACCGCGUCGCUGCCGCCGCCGCCCGCCCCCGGCCUGGCCAGCCCGCGCCUGAGCCCCAGCCCGCUGCCCGCCGCCCUGGGCUCCGGGCCCGGACCUGGGCCGGGGCCACAGCAGCUCAAGGGCCCGUUGUGGGCCGGCGUGGCGGGCGGUGGGGGCGGCGGGCCAGGCGCGGGCGCGGCGGAGCUGCUUAAGGCCUGGCAGCCAGCGGAACCCGGGCCCGGACCCUUCUCGGGGGUUCUGUCCUCCUUCCACCGGAAGCCCGGCCCCGCCCUUAAGACCAAUCUCUUCUAGCCGUCGGCCUCCAGAGGCUCCGGGCCUGCCUACCCCGGCCCCUCCAGGGCCUGACAGCCCCUCCCCAUCCCAGGUCUGCCUGAUGGCCCCACUCCCACUGUGUCUGACCCCUCCGUGUGCCCUCCCCAGCUUCGGAGACCAAGCCAGGGCUACUCUCGUCUCACCCACCCCCAUUCCGCACCGUGGGGGUGGGGACGGGGGCGGAUACUUUUCACUAGGAUGCCCUCCAGGAGAGCUCAGAGCCACCGCAUUUUAGCCUAGCUCUCUUUGAAAAAGGGAUCAAACAAUGCCUGCCCCAACAGUGCUCAAAGGUGAAUCCUCAAAUGGGAACAGCCCGGCUUCCUCCCCUGCCUCUGCAGCUGGUUGGGUCUUUCCUCAGCUUGGUGACCAGCCUGCUGCCCAGCCCUCGGGCCCACCCACACCGACCCCACCCGUGCAAAGGCUGGUCAUCAUUGGGAUAAUUAGCGGCGCAAAGGGUCCCACCUCCGUUUUGUCCCUCACUCCUCCCUGCCCAUCCUCAGCCGGUCUGGCACAGAGGGGAGGCCCUGAGAUGAGUAGAGCUGCCAGGGCAUCGGGACAGAGGGGCUUCCCCUUUCCUGUCUUUUUUGUUGUUGCUGUUCUUUUCUU